AUGCAUCGACUUUUUGCUGAGCUGGAGCCAUCUGUAACCGUCACCGAGCAAAACCUGGCAGAACGAGUUCGGUAUAUCUUGCGCUCAAAUAUAUUUGAUGACGCCGAACUCGAACGGCUACGACGUGAGGCUGUUCCCUCAUCAAAUGAAAAUGCUACGGCUGAGGACGCGGUGCCACAAGUUGCAGAACAACUCGCACACGUGGAUACGCCGUGA